AUGGCAAAUCACGAAUUUAAUAACCGGCCGUCUUCGCAGUUGUUUCCAGCAGCUCGGGCAAUGAAGCAGACGAGCACGACCAUGGCCACAGGUCUGGUACCUGGAGUCAACACCUUGACUUCCCCUGUGUCCAAGCAGAGGCAGGUCGAACGACCAAUGGCAAGCACACCCACAGCACAAGUUGUUGGGGGAGUGUCGCGCAUAGCCUCAGGGGGCCGUGCAAAGCCGGUUGUUGCCCCGCACAGUUUGACAGAGGAGCAGGUUUUGCAGCAGAAAGUGUUUGCUGCCCGCUUGCUGGGGUUACCAGUCGACGUAGCCAGCAAGAUGGCUGCUAGUGGCAGAAAUACCAGCAACAACCAGGGUGGGUUGGUGUCCUCCAGCACAACGCCGGCAGCGAGUGCAAUAGGUAGAUCUGCAGGACGUACACGUGCAUCACUUACACCGCCACCGUUCCCCAGUGUGUUACAACAACAGCAGCAGCAGCAACAACAGCAUCAGCAGAUGCCAGGGAAGUUUACCACAGGUGCUGCAUCGAGCGUUGUCUUACCAAUAAGUAGUUUAGGCACAAAUCCGCAGCAGCAGUUUCCUCCAGGUCAACAGCAGCAAUUUCUGCAAGGUCAGCAUCAUCAGCAAGUUUUGCCACAACAGCAGCAGCAGCAACAGUUCCCCUCGGGCCAGCAACUGCAGUUUCCACACGGUGGACAGCAGCAGUUUGCUCAGGGGCCACAGCAGCAAGGCAUCCAGCAGCAGCAGCAACAAGCAGGCUUCAACACGGCAAAUGUUGCCAACAAGAGCUGGGUUGGAAACGCAAGCCAAAACAACGUGGGUAGUGUAAGGGGAGCUUUUGGGAAAUCUCAACAAGCCCCACCAUCCAGGUCAGGCAACACAGGGCCAGGUAUUCUUGGGGCGUUCCCAGCUACUCAGAGUUUUGGUGCCCCUGUGAUAAGCAAUACAAAUCAGCACACUUCAUCUUAUGGUGUUGGGCCAAUGUCAAUGGCAGUCACAACCACUUACUCGGCACCUGGCGUAGCUAUGAGUUCAGUCUCAUCUCAACCUCCUGCUGCAAUGAGCUUGAAAACCCAGUUUUUCCCCAACAUGAAGAAGAAUCUUCAGGUUCUGUCCCCAUUUGAGAUGGAGAAACUUCGCAAGGCACUGCUGUCAGGGAAGACGGUUUCGCUGGGGCUGACAUCGGCACAAACGCUGGAUAUCCUACAGACGAUGAAGAGUAUCAGCUCCAGUAGGAUGGAGCCGUCAGCACGUACAAAGAAGACGUCAGAUGGAGAUUGGGUGGACCCCAUCAGCACCAACUGGCCAGGAACGGCGGAUGAAGAGUGGAAGGGCCCAGAGAAAGGAACGACACAGCCAACCGAUAAACAUCGCGGCCUGGGGGCUAUUCUUGAAGUAUUAAGGUCGGGUCAGAGUUCCGUUAGUGAAGACAAAAGAGGCGGGCAGUCAACGUCCACUCCCAUCCAGGGAGGGAACACCUUUGGCCCCACCCCCAUAGUGGGUCCAGGGGGCGGUUCCCUCACCAUGGAUUCAGGGCAAGUCAUUUCUAGUAUCAAUGAGAACCUCAAGAUGCUGCAGAUGCAGAGGGAAAAGCUUCUCCAAGGUCAAGGCUCGGUGCCACAGAAAUCAAGGGACGACUCAGAUCAACAUGUUAACCAGAGGAGAACCAGUGAUAGCAAAUGGAGGAGUCACAGUCAAGAGAGGCAUGACACCAGACAUGCAGGUGACCGGCUAGGGAGGACCAGGAGAUCUCCAGACAGGCUAGGAGAUCGUGACAGAGACCGAGACCGUCGCGAUGAUAGAGACAGGGAUAGAGGGAGAGAGAGCUCCCGAGGCGAACGGCACACCUCCAGGGAUAGGGACCGAAGAAGGUCUCUGAGUUACUCGCGAAACAAUGACAGGAGAAGGAGUCACGGUUCACCACCCCGGAGAACUAGGAGCCGCAGCCGAGAGAGGCGUGAUCGAGGCCGAAGAAGCCCAUCAGGGGAGCGAAGAGACAGGAGGAGGUCCAGCGACAGGAAGAGUCUGCCAUCCCAGAGUCGGCAUGGAGACAGCCCCGAUAGGAAAAGAAGACGCCCCGUCGAGGCCACUGGGAAGGUUGACUCAGCAGGGAGGAGCUCAUCAAACUCGUCCAGCAGCCGACCCAACCAGGGAGUCAGGAUGCCAGCCUGGUACCAACGCAAAAGGGAUGCCAUGUGGAACAAGAAGCCAACAACUGACAAACGGGAUCAUGAGAAACCCUCAGCGACUUCAGAGAAACCAAAGGAGCAGCAGCAAGAGGAAGAAAAGAAACCUGAAGAAACAUCAACUCAGCCCGGUCCCUCGCAAUCAAUACCCUUAUCAACUCGGCCCGGUCCCUCUCAACCAAUACCCUUACUUGACAUCAUAAUCCCUAGAAAGAGUGCUGUGGCCAUGGCGACUACAGCACGGAGGCUUGCCCAACAAUCUGCAGCAAUGCAAAAGUUGGCAGAUGCCAAAAAGUCGGCAGAUGCCAAAAAGUCAGCAGAUGCCAAUGCAGCUAAGACCCCAAGUUCUGACCCUAAGGCCUCAGUGACCAGCAGCGGUGAUAAGACCAAGAAGAAGAAAGAAGAGAAAAAAUUGACAGAAGAAGAGGCCAGCAAGAUUGCAGCAACUUUGAAGGCUACACCCCUCCUGCAGCAAAUUGGAGAAAGCAGCAUUCAGCAUCAGCUGUCACUCUUGAAAGAAGUCGAUCUGGAGGAGCAUGUCAAGGACAAGCAAGUGGUGGAUUGGUACUGCUACAUAUGUGGGAAGUACUGCACUGGCUGGUCGAUUUACCUGUCUCACAUCGAGGGGCGCAGACACAAGGCCACCUUCCAGCGUCUCCACGAGCCCAGCCAUGCCGCCCUCAGGAAGGCCCUCAUCACCAAGCUGGGUGACCUGCCGGACAAACACCAGGGUGGACAGAAGGAAUUCCAGAACUGGGUGAAUGCCCCUGUGCCUAGUUUUGCCAUCCCGCCGCCCGUGCAACUGCUUGUCACGUCCACACCCCUCGGCCGUUUGGAUCAGGCGUUCUUCUGCGGCAAAUGCUUCCGCACCUACGCCUGCACCUACGAGGAGCACAUGGCAUCAGAGGACCACAAGAGAUAUGUGAAAAUUCGACCCAAGUGCACACUGUGUGACCUGACCUUCUUGAACGUGAAGUGCCUACGCGGUCAUAUGAAACUGCUGUCCCACAUUCGGAAGGCUCAAGAGAGCGAAUUGGAUCCUAACGUGCAACAAGGGGAGGAUGACUACAAUGAGAAGGAGGUUGAAAUGGAAGUAGAGGAGAGUAUUGACGUUGAGGACGGGAAGGAGGUUGAUAGUGACAAGAACUCGACCAAAGAGAAGGCCGAUAUCGUCGGGCCGGAGUUCAUCAUCCCCAUCACAGGUUUCUUCUGUAAGCUCUGCUCCAAGUUCUACAACAAGGAGAAGGCAGCCAAGGCGGUUCAUUGCCGGACGCCCGUCCACAAGCACAAAGUCAAGCUGUACUAUGCCAAGCGCGUCAAGUCAUCCGUGGCCAGCCUCAAGGCAAGUCCAGGGGCGCCGAUCAGUGAGGAUAAGGUGUCUACAACAGGGAAGACCAGCCAAGAGAGAGAUGAUGGAGCCAAAACACAUGCUCCUGCUAACAAGGAUGUCCCGGCCACGAAGGAUCCCCCGUCUAAGAAAAAUGCCACUCCUGUGAAAGAUGCACCACCAAGGAAGGAUGCUGCACCCAAGAAGGAUGCUGCUUCCAAGAAGGAUGCUGCGUCCAAGAAGGAUGCCCCACCCAAGAAAGACGUGGCACCCCAGAAAGAUGCCCCACCCCAGAAAGAUGCCCCACCCAAGAAAGAUGCCAUGCCCAAGGAAACUACAGCCAAGGAUGCCGCAUCCAAGAAGGGUGCCCCGCCCAAAAACACCUUGCCAGCAAAGGAUGCCACUCCAAGUAAGGCCACCACGACCAAACAAAGCAUCACGACCAAACAAGGCACCACGCCCAAACAGAGCACCACACCCAAACAAAGCACCACACCCAAACAUGGCACCACACCCAAACAAGGCACCACACUCAAACAAGGCACCACACCCAAACAAGGCACCACACCCAAACAAGGCACCACACCCAAAGAGAAAAUAACGGCCAAAGAGAAAACAACACCCAGUAAUGAUACCGGGUCCAAGAAGGAUGCAAUGACCAUUAAUUCUGAACGAGAUGCAUCUCAUGUCUCUAGGAAAAAUGACAGAACUGCUGACAGGACUCUGACACCGAGAGAGAAAUCCUCAAAUGACACAACAUCCAAAGAAACACUUCCAAGACAGCCAAUACCAAAACUUGUAAUCUCCAUUCCCAAGAUGUCCUCAUCAACAAUUGCCGCCAUGAACGGUACCAAUUCCCAAACUUCAAAAGAAAGAGUUUCGAAGACGUCCACACCCAUAUCAGCCACGCCCAAAUCAGCCACGCCCAAAUCAGCCACAUCCAAAUCAUCUUCAUCGGAGAUCAACAAGGAAGGUAGAAAAGCCGCUUUGACAAAUUACGGAGACUCCAAAUCCAAGACAUCCUCUGGUUCAGAUGCUGCAAAAUCUGCCAAUAAAUCAAACCAAAAGAAUGUCGCCAGCAAAACAGAUACGCUUCAGUCACCAACAUCCAAAGAGGAGAGGAAAGAGUCAGGCUCCCAGAAGAACAAACAUGAGGAAUCUGAUCCGUUGGAGGAGGAAACCAGUUCGACCGCUGAGGAAGAUGAAGAGGGUGAGUGGUUGGGGGAGAUGCCGGAUUUUGACAAUAUGAUUUUCAUUGAUGAAGUCGGGGAAUCAGAAGAAGAGGAGGUUACUGAGAUAGAAGAGGAUGAAGAGGUGUUUGUAAUUUCAGAUCAAGAAGAAAAUUAAGUGUUAAUAACUACGUGUAUAGUUACAGUGGGGUAGAACUUCCACUGUCUUUUUUCAUUUUAAUUUGUUCAUAUAGGGUUCAUGCUUUAAAGCUACAGUCCAUCAUUUACAGCUAUCCAAAAAGUAACUGACGUAAUUAUUGUUGAAAAGCAUACUUGUUUUAAAG